AUGAUAAGCUCCCAGAAUCACCUGGAUAUAGUGGUGAUUGACAAAGUAAGCAGAACAGCCGUCAUAGUCGACGUGACCAUCCCGUUUGAAAAUGGGCGGGAUGCGUUCGACGCGGCCAAGCAGCGAAAGGUCGAGCACUACGUACCCAAAGCCGUCCUCCUGUCUCAACAGGGCAUCCGGGCCACCACAGCAGUUCUCAUGUUAGGUGUACUGGGCACAUGGGAGUGUGUUCCGGCCGUUAGGGGUCGGGCGGCGGAGAGCACUAACGCUUCGAUAUUAUUUGAAAAUGUGCCGUAUGAUAUACAAUAUGACCUCACCGUAGGGUGGUGGAAUGCUUAUACCGAAUUAGUGAUCACGGAAUUCAAGUACUCGUUAUUCGCUGCAUCGCUUCUGGUGCCCGUUCAACAGGUCACAUCAGCCGUGGUCACUCCCGGGGAAGCGUAUUUAUUUUGGCUGCCGAUCUGUGCUCAAGGGUGUCUAUCCAAAGGCUGCGAAUUCCAGAUUUAUGGCGUCUCAAAUAGAAACGGCAGCUUCACCAAGAAAACGCUUUGUAGCGCUAAGAUGCAGUGCUUGGAUUUGCUGACUGGACUGGUUCCAUCGACUCACUAUUCCUUCAGAGUGGUUCAGCUGUGUCACAAAUGGCAAGUUAACACCAUCGACCCUAAGCUACCUGCUAAAACACCCGUUCUGACACCCGAUGCGCCCGGAAGAAUAUAUGCCGCGACUUGGAAGGAUGCUGAACAGGUUUUUACGUUCGACUUCGAACUGACUGAAAAAAGCGGUGUGCAGGACGUAUCUUUUCAGUACAGAACGAGAACCGACGAUUCUUGGAAAACUGUGAGCCUGGUCUCAUCCGAAGGGAAACGUCUGUCUUAUCGCAUAGACCUGUUAAAAGGGGCAUCUCUGGUGUACGUGAAAAUGAUUGAGAGCUCGACUGGUAAAUACUUGUCAUGGCCGCCUGAGGACCAGUGGAAAAACUACUCUGUCGUGUCGCUGAUUAUCAAACACCGAAUUGACAGAUCAAAUGAGAAUUGGACAAUUGUAGCUGAUCACGUGCCGCCUUGGCCAACGGAAUGGCUAAUUCCCAAAACUAUCGACGUGUCGCCGGAAUCAGAGUUUGAAAUCGAUGCAGUGACCUCUCACGGAGAAAUACUGUCUUUUGGGUACUGGAAAUACUUGGAGCAGUCGUCGUCGAUUAGCUCUUCGUCUGUGGCCAUAAUCAUUGUACUGCUAACCUUGGCGAUUACAGGCAUUACGUUUUCAGUGGUGUAUUUCGUUCUUCGUCGUCGUUUCUUUUCGGUAUCGAAAAAGUCUACCGCUAUAACGUUUGCUGAAAAGCGCCCUACUGACCUUCCCAUUUUAGAAUUGUCAAACUUUUUCUCUGCUGAGGAACUGCGAGAGCUGAAGGUAAACAAUGCCAACGGCACUAAAUCUUAUAGCACUUCUGGCAGUAGCGCAAGAGACAGUCGGGAGCCGGUUUUUUCCACCACCUGCAGCGGUCGCUUUGUCCGUAGCAAAGACCGACGUUCGUCGAUCGGCUUAUCGAAGCGUGGGAAAUCAAUAUUUCGCUCACUGAAGCGGUCCAGCGGACCGCAUACUCUACCGCCAUCGAAAGAAGAUAUUAAUUUCAGCAGUCCCGGUGCAAAUGCGUCAGAUACCCAGAUCAACCGUGCUUCUGGUAGUUCUUUGGCGAGUACAGUGCCGGAUCUUUAUGAAAUACCUCUUCUGCAAAGCCUGAGGUCAAGCAGCGACGCUUAUUCGACAGCCAUGAACAAUGUCGCAUAUGAAAACACCUCUCCUGAAGCGACCGAUGUCUCUUCAUCUCCUCAUACGUCGUUCCGAUAUUCCUCGGUCUCUUAA